AUGGGAAAACUAGCCUACAACUACACAGACUCGGAUGAAACUGAAGAUACAUCUAGUUCAGUUGAAAAUGUCAAGAAGAAAAAGAAACUUUCGAUAUUGAAAUACACAAGCGGUAACUUAAAAAAGAAGAAAUGCCAGCUCCACAGUAAAUCAGAACCAGAUGAAUCGGACAGAAGCAGCAGAAAAUCAAGCCAGAGAAUGUUCAAACAAAAGUUGAGAGGAAUAUUAAAACAUACGGAAAGAGAAUCCUCUGAUGAGGAAGAAGAAAGUGAACCUAGCCGAAGCUUUCGGCCUCUCGAUCGUUGUCUGGUAGGUAAAGUACCGAGGUCCGCUGGAACAAAGCCAGGACGGGGCGGUGGUGUGGCUAUCAUAGUCAGGAAAAAUGUUAACAAUUUGGCGAAUUUAUCAGCACACCAGAGUUCAACCAGCAACGCACACAAGAGAAGUCGCUCAUCGAAAAAACGUGUCAGCAGAAAACGCUCUUAUUAA